UCGUUCGGUGCCACGUGGAGGCAAGAUGUCAAAGGUUCGAUUCCCGGCGGCUUUACUGCAUACAUUCUUGCCAAACCCAAAUGGAUUGUUUGUGUUUGUGCCACAACAUGAAGCGCAGGAGGUAAGAGGUAGUAACAAUAAUGGUGACGGCCGUUGUGUCAAUGGCACCGCCGUCUGCUGCAAUUUUCUUCAAUUUGAAUUUGGUGAGUAAAAGUAGAGUGAAUUCCCUGGGGUUUAGGGUUUCCAGCUCCAAUGGGUUGCUUCCCAUGCGCGCCGAAUUUGCAAGGAAUAGGUUACGCGUUCGAUUCUCAACAGGGACUCAUGAGAAAGAGAAAGAGCGGAUUGUGAACGAGAAAAGGUCGCUUGCCGUUGCCACGGGCGAAUUCUUCAUCAGCAUCGCUUCCCUACUGUUGAAAAACAGAAAAUCUGAGCAGAAGAAUGUGAUUUUGUCUAUGAGAGGACUGGAGGAUGUGGUGAAGAAAUCAGGGUUGUUUAGGUUUGUUAAAACGGAUGAAAAUGAGAAGGACGAAGAAAUAGCGUCGGUUACCAAGGAUGAAAUUGAUCCGUCAGUGUUGUGGGAGCAGAGGAAGAAGGAUGUGGAGGCAGAGAGAGGAAGGCGCGUGAUUACCAGUCCCGGUUUUAGCUUCUCUGCCGCGGGUUUAUUGUUUCCUUAUCAUCUGGGCGUCGCGCAGUGUCUCAUUGAGAAAGGAUAUAUUACGGAGAACACACCAUUGGCGGGUUCAUCAGCCGGUGCAAUUGUUUGUGCUGUGAUUGCAUCUGGAGCUAGCAUGCAAGAUGCCCUGAAGGCAACCAAGGAGCUAGCAGAGGAUUGCCGCCUUAAUGGGACUGCUUUCCGGCUGGGAGCAGUUCUUAGGGGUGUUCUAGAUAAGGUUUUCCCAGAUGAUGUACAUGUGAGAGCAAAUGGCAGAAUACGAGUUGCUAUCACACAGGUGUUCAGGUCACCAAGGGCCUUGCUUGUAGACCAGUUUGAUUCUAAAGAAGAUUUGAUUGAUGCUGUUUUUACAUCUUCCUUCAUACCAGGAUACCUUGCACCUCGACCUGUUACAGUUUUUAGAAAACGGAUUUGUGUGGAUGGAGGACUGACACUAUUCAUGCCACCAACAGCUGCUGACAAAACGGUCAGAGUUUGUGCUUUUCCUGUUAGCCAAUUGGGUUUGCAAGGCAUUGGAAUCAGCCCAGAUUGCAAUCCAGAGAAUAGGGCAUCAACGAGGCAGCUUUUUAAUUGGGCAUUAGAACCAGCUGGUGAUGAUAUUCUAGACGAGCUUUUUGAUUUGGGAUACAGGGAUGCAAAUGUGUGGACGGAUAGAAAUCCAAUUAAUGAUAUUGGGAAACCUAAUAUGACAGAUGGAUUUGUUCAAUCUUGACAUCAUCUUGCCAAUCCAUGGAAAGAAGGAACGGAGGAAAAAGAAGAAUUGAUCGCAUCUAAAAUCAUCUUGUAGUUAUUGUGACUUUCAUACUACUGAGAUUGUUUUGAUUCCCUUGCUUGAUUUGCUUGAGGUCAACUGUCAUUACUUUUGAUGUCCUCUGGAUAGAAGAUAGCAAAUGAAGUUAUACAUUCAGAAGAUGUUCAAAUAUAGAAUGGUCAAGUAUAUGAGAUAUGUAAAUAAUUGAAGUAAGAAAAAAUUCAAAUCUGAUUUGUUCAAUCAGGACACUAUACUUGGUGCAGAAGUUGCAUGUUGACAAACAAUGUUGUAAACUCAACAUGUUUAUAAAAAGAUGAGUUAACUGUA